AAAGAAAGAAAAAGGAAAAGAGGCUUUGUUUUGUCUCUGAUACUUCCUCAUUGAAAUCUCAAGUGGACUGUGGAGCGAAAAAUCUGCUUUUGUGAGUGUUCAAAUGGAGCGCACCAACAAGAAGCCCUCGUCUGUACCCACCAACUACGUCACCAUUCUUGAGCUCAAAGAGCGCUGGCUCAAAGAGAAGGAACGACAAAGAGAUGAGGAGGAACGACAACGAAAGGAGAAGGAACAAGAAGAAGAGGAGCUCCGACAGCAAAAGCUCCGAGAAGAGCAGGGAAAGCAACAGAAGCAAAACGCCGUCGUUCUGAAAACCCGAACCGAUUCCAGACCUACGGAUCGCGGUAAUCAGACACAGUUUCGGCCGGUGAAUCGGAGGAGUGUUUCGGAGUGCAAGGGUGCUGAGCUGGAGGGGAAAAAGCAACCCGUCGUACAGAAAACCGAAGCCGAUUUGAAGCCUAGGAAUCGCAAUGAUCGGUUACAGUUUGGGCCGGUUAAUCGGAGUGUUUCGGAGCGCGAGGGUGCUGAGCUGGAGGGGAAAAAGCAACCCGUCGUACAGAAAACCGAAGCCGAUUUCAAGCCUUGGAAUCGCAGUGGUCGGACAAAGUUUGGGCCAGUUAAUCGGACUGUUUCGGAGUGCGAGGGUGCUGAGCUGGAGGGGAAGAAAAACGAAGAACCAGAGGAGAAGAAGUUACGGAAGAAGAAAAAGUCGAAGAAUAAGAAGAAUGUUAGGGCAGAGAAGGGGGAAGUGACUGAGAAGGAAUGUAUAGUAGACGCGCCUCAAGCGAGUUGCGAGAAGGGAGACGAUCAGGCGACAGGGAAGGAAGAAAAGAGACCUGAAAUCGAAAUUAGGGCAAAGAGCGAGAAUGUGCUUCCGACUGCGGAGAUUGUGCCGAAAUUUAGGGAUUUAUCGGUGAAUGGGGAGACUGGAAAAGGGGAUGAUGAGUUGAGGAGACCAAGAAUAGUUGAUCGCCGUGGUAAUGGAGGAAUUAGGGGUUAUUAUGGGAGGCCUGGUCGCUGUGAUAUGCAGAAACAGAGAAGUUAUGCUGGGAGGGUUUGGGUUAAGAAAGGAGAAGUUGCUGAUGACAAUGGCGGUGGAGUUCAACAAAGCUUGGAGCGCAAUGAUGUUAUUUCUGGUCAAACUGGAACGUCUUCGAAUGCAAGGUCACUGAAAUUCGCCGGAGGUAUGAGUAGGAAUAAUCAAGUACGAUGGUGGCAAAGCAAACACGAACCGAAGUGUUUAUAGUUGAUGUUGACUUGUAAAGAUGCACCGGAAAAUAUGCAUGUUUCCGUUUGAUCAUGAAUCAGAUCAAAAUUCGGAUAUUUUUACUUGAUGUGCUUGAUGCACCUAAUCGUGAUUUGGGCAUUGAAACUUGAUGUAUAAAGGAUGUUGAUGCUCUGUUAUCAAAAUAUGUGUAGAAUAUUUCAUGACUUUCAUCA